AUGGCUACAAUACCAUUAAUGUAUGCUCAAGAAGAUUGUGAACUUGGAGGGAAGGAGUCGAUAAAGGAUGAUUUCGCAUAUCGUAACAAUGUCCUUAAUGCUGACAAGGAGAUUCGCUUGGGAUUUGUGCGUAAGGUCUAUGGCCUACUCACUAUACAACUACUAGCGACAGUAGCCAUUGCAGCAGUCUUUCUGCUUGUAAAACCUGUACAGGAAUUUAUACAUAAAAAUGACUGGAUGGUAUUUAUUGCUUUCAUCCUGAGUUUGGUCACGUUGUUCGCGCUCAUUGCCAAGCGGCGGGAUUACCCUGCCAACUUAUAUCUGCUGGCUGCAUUUACGGCGGUGCAGGCGUACACAGUAGGCGUGGUGGUCUCCUUCUAUGAUACCUUCAUAGUGCUACAAGCGCUUGCUCUCACAUUCACUGUAGUUUUCUCGCUCACACUCUUCACGCUCAACACCAAGCGCGAUUUCUCCUUUGUUGGAUAUGGCCUUGUGGCGGGCCUUAGCGUGCUCAUCAUCGGCGGCUUACUCCAAAUCUUCAUCCAGAGUUCGGCCUUUGAAGUUGCUCUCUCUAUUACCGGAGCAACAUUCUUCAGCCUCUUCCUCAUCUUCGACACCCAACAGAUGAUGACCACACUGUCUCCCGAGGAGUACAUUCUGGCAACAAUCAACCUCUACAUGGACAUCAUCAACCUGUUCUUAUAUAUACUGCGCAUUUUAAAUGAACUGAACAGGAACUAA